AAAAAAAAGAAGAGGAGAAAGAGAGGGAGGAGUUGGGAAGGGGUAAUAAAUGAACAACAGUGGUAGUAGUGGCGUGGUGAAGAAGAAGAGGUUCGGGGGAGGGCGACCUCCGACGGGAACCCCCUCGCUCGCGUGGUCCUCCGUCGUCGUCGUCGUCUCCCUCCUCUCCGGCGCGUCCCUCGUCCACCGCAUCUAUAACCCCGAUCUCACGAUUCCUCCUGCGGAAAGCGCCGCUGGUUCUGGUGGGAUCACGAAGGAGGAGGAGGAGGAGGAGGCCGUAGCGAAACCCUAGUUUCGAUCUGCGUGCGAUCUUGUGGUUGUGUGUUGUCAGAAGAAGUGGCGCCGGUGU